GCUACUCUCACUUCUUCUUCCCUCCCCACAAAAACCCGUCUACUCGCUGUCGCUCAGGAGCACUAUGGUCGACUGGCACUCGGAAGCAGAGCUGAUCCAUGACGGAUUCAUCUCCCUCUACCUGUCGCACGCGCUCAUCGGGCUCUACUUCUGGGAGGUCGUCAACACGAUGGGGUUCGAAUGGGAGCUGCUGUCGCGCAGAACAAAGUUCCGGUGGCCCAUGAUCUUCUACUUUGCGGCGCGGUACUCCAUGGUGGCGGCGAUGAUCGGACUUCUUAUCGGGCUGGACGUGAACAGCCGAAAGCUAAACUGCAAAGCGUUAUGGGAGGCUACGGAUGCUUUCAGCCAGGCCUCCGUCGGCUUCUCGUCCAUCAACCUCGCCUUGCGAGUUAUCGCGAUAUGGAACCAGACCCGAUACAUCGCCGGUCUCUUCGGCGUGCUCAUCCUCGGCCAGUGGUUCCUCAUCUUCCGAAGUUUACCGUUGACCGCGGUGUACGUCCCCGACUUUGGCUGCGCGGCGACGUCGGUGAGCAAGACGUUUAUUGCGGCGAGCUACGUGUACACGAUGGUCGUCGAUACCACCAUCCUCGUUCUCAGCGUGUACAAGCUCGGCGUCUCGCUCCGCGAGCGUAACCCGCCGCUCGUGAAGCUGCUCGUCAGAGACGGUGUCGUCUACUUCCUGAUCGUAGUCGUGUUCAACGUCGUGUCCGUGACGUUCAUUCUACUAGACCUGAACCCCGUGCUGCGAUCCAUGUUCGGACUGCCCGCGGGCGUCGUGAGCGUGAUCGCCUCGUGCCGCUCGGUGCGAAGGCUGCACUACUACCUCUCCCCGCCCCUCGACAGCACGGACUCGUUCCGCACGUCGAACCCGUACGUGCCCGGCGCGCGCUGGUGCCGCGCGCUCCCGCGCAUCGUCACCGAGCCGGGCGCGGCGACGACGACGACGGACCACCGGAUCCGGUUCGGCAGCGACGCGCACCGGACGCCGUCGACGACGGAGGAUGACCACGGGGAAGCGAAGGAGGACGAGGGGGUGGUGUAUGCGGCGGCCUCGUUGGGAUUUGCGGACGCCGGUGGGUUGGAGAUGGGGAGGCUUGGGAGGGCCGCCGCCGCUGCUGUAUAGGGGGGGAACACGCGAUCGGCAAAGUGGAAUAUGUCGAUGAACGAUAUAUCCUGACCGAGCGAGGCUGGCCAAGAACUUGGGCGUACCCUGGGCCCGCGGAGAAAUUCCGACCCCGGCGGCUGAGGUCAGAGUUGCG